UCAGUAAUCCUCUAGGCUUAACUAAUAAUUGAAUUGAUUAUUCAUAGUGUUUUCAUACAUUAUGACCACAAUUUCUUUAUUAUGAUAAUGUUCCUAACUCCUCCAAAACUGAUUAUUUUCAUAUCAAUUUUUAAAACUAAAAUGGCAACGCAUACAUUUUAUUAACUUUUCAAAUUGAGAUAAAAGUACUAACAAUUUUGACUGGUCCAAGUUGCUAUAAAACAACCAAUUUAUAGGCGCUAAGAAAAAAACAAAUUGUGGAAAAUUGAGAUUACAUUAUAUGAAAACACUAUCAAAAAGAAAAUGUUGAACUAUUGAUUAAACACAGUGAGAUUUAGUCGCCAACGUUAAAAAAAAUCACCCUGUAUACGUUAUUUAUUUUAUAACAAAAGUGUCGCUAAUUUUUUUUAUAAUUUAUUAUAGUGCUCUGCAUCUGCAAAAUAUAUUUUAAUUUUACUUCUUUGGUUGACAAGUCAACACACCGACCUUACGACUAGUUGCAAAAAAAUCACUGUAACACAAAAAGUAAAACAAGCUUUUAGAAUUGAUAUUUUUCUUAUAAGUUAUAUUAUUUGAAUAAUUAUUUCAAUCAUUUUGUCCAGCACUAUGAAGCUUCUUUACAUUUUAAUAACGCUUGCUUUUGUAAACGUUGCGCGAAUUAUGACAGCGCACUAUGCAAAUUCGGUUUUCAUUACAAACAAAUACAUCAAGGAGACUUUUGAUGCAGAUCCUGAUGGAUUGGCCACUGCAAUUUCAAAUAUUAUCAACGAUAAUAAUAAAACGAUAGCGACACUUAAUUCGAUGCUGGCUAUACCGGAAAAAGCAAAUUUCUGGAUUACAAUUGAACAUGAUGAACCAUUUAUUAAUAAUUUACCAGAACAUAUUGCUAUAGCUGAUGAGGAGGCCGUGCAACAAGCAAUUUUCAAUGUUACAAAUAUCCCUGUUCCUCAACUUGGCUCAAACGAAACUUGGAGAAGCCAGAAGACGUAUAACUGGAUAUGUUACAAAAAAUUUGCUUAUCGCUGCAAUAGCACUAUGAAGCUUUUCUGCAUUUUUAUAACGCUUGCCUUUGUGAACGUUUCGCCAAUAAUGACAGCGGGAGGAAAUUGGAUCUAUGGAAAUUCGGUUUACAUUACAAACAAACACAUUGAGAAGGCUUUUGAAUUAGAUCCUGCUGGAUUGAAAACUGUAAUUACAAAUUUAAUUAAUGGAAGCGAAACGAUUGCACAAAUUAAUUUGAAGUUGGCUAUACCGGAAAAAGCAAAACUUUUUAGCAUAAUUCAAGAAGAUGUAGGAGGACAUUCCUUUUUUCCCUUACCAGAAUAUAUACGAGUAUAUGUAUACACUUCAGAACGUAAUGCCAUAGCUGAUCAGGAGGCAUUGCAAAAAGCCAUAACCAAAGUCACAAAUAUCCCUGUGCCUCAACUUGAAGAAAAUCAAAUUAUUCCGCUUGAUUCAUUGCCACAGCUUGGAAUAAAUAGAAGACUUAUAACAGGAAAAGUUACAAAAGAAUUGCUUCUAGCUGCAAUAGAUAAAGGAUCACCGGAAUUCAAAAACCAUACCGAGUUAUGUCGUCUAGUAGCUUUGCUGAAAAGUAUAAGAAACCCACAUAAAUAUGUAAAAACCGCUGAAGUUGAUUCCACUACGAAUAAGUGUAUAUUGAAGUCAUUCGAUGGAACAUUCAUAUACAAACCUUUUCAAGAGAAUUAUGUUUUGGAAAGACCAUCCUUUGAUGAGAUUGGACUUGUUAACGUUAAGGAACAGAUAAGAAAUUGGUUCGUGGAUAACCACGUGUGAUUUUAUCAAAUACUCUUCAUUACAGUAUUUAAUGUCCAUUUGUAUUAUCUGUCCACAAUGUAAUAAAAAAUGUA